AUGAUUUCAAAGGUUCUGCUGGUUGUCUCGCUGGUGGCUACGUCCUCCCUGGCGUCCCCGGUCUACGGUCCAGUGUCCUACGGUCCCGCCCUGUCCUACGGUUACGCCGCCAAAGCCAUCCAACCGCUGCACACGGUGGCCGCCGCGCCGGUCCUGCACGCGCCCGCCGUCGUCGCCGCCGCCCCCAUCCUGAAGCACGUCGAGGCGUACGAUCCGAACCCGCACUACAGCUUCAGCUACGGCGUGUCCGACCCGCACACCGGCGACUCGAAGCACGCGGAGGAAACGCUCGCCAACGGCGUCGUCCACGGUAGCUACUCGCUCACCGAGCCGGACGGCACCAUCCGCAAGGUGACGUACACGGCCGACAAGGUGCACGGGUUCAAUGCCGUCGUCGAGAAGAGUGGCCACGCCGUGCACGCCGCGCCGGUGCUGAAGAAGGUGGUCGCGGCGGCCCCGCUGGUGCACGCCGCCCUGCCGUACUACCAUCACUGA